AUGGACAUCAACUCGCUGCUAUCGCCGUCAGAUUCGCCUGCAGGCACGCCUGCUCCACAGUCCGCCAUGCCCUCGCCAUCGGUACUGCAGUCGCCUAGCAAGCGCAACAUACGUCAGAUGCCCUCGCGAACCCCCUCAGGACUCAGCCAGCAAAUCACCUCUUCGCCACAACCACAUCCGACUCUCCAGCAGAUGCCCUCGCCGGGCUUUGCGCAUAUCACGAAUGGCGCAAGAACGAUGCACUGCGCCAUGGGCACACCACAGCCCGUUACCCCAUCACACGAUGCGCGCAUGACGCCUCCACAGCACGUCUACCGUCAGGCGUCGACACCCGGCAUGGACACACUAGCAGAUCUUGCAAGCAUGCAACAGCAGCAACAGCAGCAACAAUCACAACAGGCUGUGCGACAGGUUCCUGCGGUUCAGCAAAGACCGGUAACUCUCCAACAUCUCGGCCAACACAUCUCUGGCGACUCGGUUGCAAGCAUGAUGUCGGAAGCAUCUCCCAGACCGCGCAGCUUCAUUACACGCUCACUCGAUCAGCAACACAUCGAUUGGCUCAUCCAGCUAGAUAAAACUCUGGUUGAGAAUCCAUUUGAUUACUACAGCCAUGUCUCGCUUGUCACCAUUCUCCACCAAGGCCUGCAGAACCACCUCGAAAGUCUGGACGCAGACCCCAAUUCCUACGAGCUCGUCCAUACCCUGCGCGAUGCUUACAAGACCAUGUCUGACAAGUACCCACUGGGCGAGAUUUUGUGGCACUAUCGACUCAAUGAUGAGAAGACUCUUGCGCGCAACGUAGAAGAACGCAUGGGCGUGCUCGAAUUGCACAAACAAGCAACGCUAGAUGAACCCUAUAGCGCAAAACUGUGGGCUGCCUACGGAGAGUAUGUAAGCUAUCUGGUCGCCUGCUCGUGGGAUCAAGUGCCCCCAGAACAAUGGCCAGAAGAAGAGAGGCUCAUUGGCCGGGAACUGUUCAGCCCGCAACUCCUUCUCGAUGCGCUACAGCAGGGCGCGGACAGAGUCAAGUACAACUUGCAGGAGAGCAAUUUGGUAUGGGAUCGCUAUUUGCAGGUACUAGAAGAGGACCUUGAACGCGGCGGUUUCAGCCAAGAAAAGGCAGUGAGGGUAGCGGCGAUCUACAACGAGCGCCUAGGUCAACCUCACGCGACAUGGGCAAACACCCUGUCCAGGUACUCAUCCUUCAACUCGCGCUACAAUCAGAGCCACUACGAAGAGGUCAUGGAGCAAGCGGUGCAAAAGAAUACACAUAUCAAAGAACAGUAUGCCCAUCGCGAAGAGUAUGAGUUCAAGCUGCUUCAAGCAAUACAAGCCGGCGACCAAGAAGCCGAAUACACCGCUAUGACCCGCUAUCUCAAAUGGGAAAAAAAGACCAUGGGUGUCUACAGUUUUCAUCUCGUAAACGCUCUAUAUGAACGGGCUACGCUUCGUUUCCCUGUCGAUCCGGCGAUUUGGGAAGAUCACGUUGAGUUUCUCAUCUGGCAGAACAAUCCAUCAGUCGACCUUCUCAAUGUUCUAGAACGAGCAACUCGGCAUUGUCCCUGGUCUGGAUCACUGUGGUCGCAUCGACUCCUUACAUUGGAGCUGGAGAACAAGGCAUUCGAAGACCUGGAGCGCGUCAAACACACAGCAACUGGAUCAGGACUUCUCGAGCAUACCGCACUCGACGAGCUCAUCUCCGUACAGCUUGCUUGGUGCGGCUACCUACGGCGAAGAGCUUUUGAUGAUCCCAGAGCUACGGAGGACGACAUCGACGUCGCCGAGGUUGGCAUUCGCUCCGCAAUCGAGUUUGUGAAGGAGGUUGGCAUGAAGAAGCAUGGAAGAGAUUGGUACGAUCCACGAUACCGUCUUGAGCGGAUACACAUAAGGUUCUGGCUUCAGCGUGGUAAUGUCGAAGAGGCACGUAAUAUAUGGGAGUCCCUGGUGAAGUCACAGGCAGACUCAUACGACUUCUGGUACCGAUGGUACAUCUUUGAAAUGGUAUUCUGGCCUCAACAUGCUACCAGAAAUGACCGUAACGUCGGUCAGCCGCUCCUAACGCCUGCGUACGCCACCGCAGUUCUCGAGCAAGCCAUGAAACGCUUACAAACGAUCGACUAUCCCGAAAACCUUAUCGAAAUGUACAUGAACCAUUGCGAACAACAUGAGUCUGUUCUAAAGGUCCGUAGCGCUGCCAUUGAGCGUAGGCGGGCCGAGAGAGCUGUGUCCAUUCGACGGGAGAAGGAACGUGCAGCGGCAGCCACCAUGGCCACCGUCCAGCAGGAGACGCCAGGAAGCCAGGCCGCUGACGGCUCGAGUAAGCGUAAGAGAGAAGAUGGGAAUGACGAUGCAACUGUAAAGAAGACCAAACGUGCUGACCUUCCCGUGACACACGGUGCGGUGGUCAACGGCCCAGCCAGGGUAGCAAGCGAAGCUCCAUCAGAAGCCCCGUCUAUUGGGCCAAAGAGGGACCGUGAACACACCACUGUCAUCGUUCGCAAACUACCUCCCGGCACAACUCAAACUAGGAUACGUCAGUUUUUCACCGAUGCUGGCACCGUCCGUAAUUUAGUUUUGAAAGAGGAAAAAGACAGCGUGACAGCGGUUGUGGAGUUUGAGGCAACUGAAGAAGCCGACUACGCCCUUUCCAAAGAAGCCAAGGGUUUCGAAGGUCAUAGCAUUUCGAUUGAGCGGGGACAGAGCACAACACUCUACGUUGCAAACUACCCUGCACAGGCCGAUGAAGCUUACCUACGAAAGCUCUACGAGCCAUUCGGAGAAGUCGUGAGCAUCAGAUUCCCAUCGCUCAAGUUUGACACCCAUCGCCGCUUCUGUUAUGUGCAAUUCGCCAAGGCAGAGGAUGCGGUUGCCGCUACUCAGCUCGAUGGAGCUGACGUCGAAGGUUUCAAGCUUAUUUCGAAGAUAUCUAACCCAACUGCAAAGAAGCAACGUGACGGAGCCACAUCCGAAGGCCGUGAAGUCUAUAUAUGGCAUCUCAACUUCAAAGUCAAGGAGCGCGAUGUCGAAGAAGCUUUCUCCAAGUUCGGCAAAAUUGAGCGAAUAAAAGUACCGAUUGUUAAAUCCUCUGGUAAUAACAAAGGGUACUGCUACGUCGUCUAUGAGUCGAAAGAAAGCGCAGACAAUGCUGUUGCGGAAAUGCACGAAAAGACCUUCUGGGGACUUGAUCUCAAGGUAGAAAUCGCUAGUGACCGCGGUGCUGCCAAGCCAAAGAUCAAGUCGACUCUCGAAAACGAAAAUGCAGCAGAAGCACGCGGUUCCACCACUGGUCAAACCGCAACCACCACCACAACCACCAACGAUACUGAGGCUCAGCCGGCCUCCUUUACUGAACGCUCCAUCGCCAUACUCAACCUCCCAGAUACCGUACCAGACGUGCGCAUCAGGCCACUUGUUGAAGCCUACGGCUUCAAGAAGAUCAAGCUUGAGCCUCAGCAUGGCGGUGCCAUCAUCGAAUUUACCACUAUUGAAGAUGCUGGCAAGGCGGGUUUUGCACUCGAGGGCAAGGAAUUUGAGGGGCGAAAGCUUCGCAUCGGCACCGUGCAGGAACUUAAUAAACAGAAAGGAGAGUGGAAAGCUGGAAACAGCUUUGUGCAGCCAAAUCGCGUCAAUCGACCGGCUGCGCGUGGUGGUGGAAUAGGCGGGCGAGGCCGCGGUGGGAGGCCAGGCCUUGGCCGUCCGACCAUACCCAAGGGUGCCACGACAACAAACGGCGAGGCGAAAAGCAAUGCAGAAUUCCGGGCCAUGAUCAUGAAAGACAAAGAGCCUGCAAAAGCAACGGCAGCAACAGACAAAAAGGAGGAGAAGGAAUAG